GGAAGUAGCAUGCGACCAUUGUGGGAGUAACAAGUGCUUACACACAAGCUGUGUCUGAUGAUCAUUUAUACGCCGGUGUAGUUUACAGAAAAAAAUAUUUUUGUGUUACCACGUUGCUGCCGCCAACUGUGACAGCUCCACAGCCAGUAUUUUUUAUUUUUACACAUUUAUUUCCGCCCACAAAUUCGACGCUAAAAUGGAGAGGGAUUCCACCGGUAUCGUGACUGCAGAAAAGACCGAGCCAGCUUCGCCUUUGAGAAAAAAUAUUAAUGAGGACACCUGUGUAGCUAAGUCCCAUACCUCUAGGGAUAUGAACAGCAGUACUACUGAUGUCGCAAGGGCCAGGUGGACUCUACUGAGACAGGUGUUGCAACAGAAGCAGGUGGACAGUACAGAGGUCAAACAGGUGUCUGUUCGCAGGUUUGCCACGUUUGACCUUUUCAGCAGGAAAAAGCUUAUGACACAAGACUCUAGUGAUGCCUCAGAUGACCAGUGGGUGGAGUACAGAAGUGUCUACUUUCCCGAGUACAGUGCCUUACUCAGGGAUAACCUGGGGCCUCUUAAAGUUAAUGAAGUGCUCAACAGUUUUGACAACACUGGUAAUGUCUGUGUGUGGCCGUCUGAAGAGGUGAUGGCUCACUACUGUCUGCAGAAACGUCACAUGUUCAAGGGUGCAGUGUGUGAGUUAGGAGGAGGUAUGACUUGUCUUGCUGGGCUCAUGGUUGCCAUUUGUGCUGACGUGAAAGAAGUUCUGCUAUCAGAUGGGAACGAGAAGUCCAUUCAGAAUGUACGAAGACUGGCCGAGAGGAACAGGCAAGCUGGAAAGUUUGGGUCAACACACGUAUCUGCCAGGGUGGUGAGGUGGGACUGUGAAUCAGACAUUUCAGCACUAGAGGGUCACUUUGACAUUGUCAUGUGUGCAGACUGUUUGUUUCUCGACCAGUACAGAGCCUGCCUGGUUGAUGCUAUAAGGAGAUUACUGCAACCCAAUGGCAUGGCGUUGGUGUUUGCCCCGCUGCGUGGUGAAACUCUGAAGCUGUUUUGCCAGCUGGCCCAGCAGACUGGACUCAGUGUCCGUCAACACCAGCAGUAUGAUGCUCAGGUCAUGGAUGUUCACUUAAAGAUGCUGAGACAGGGAAAAGAAGCAUACGAUGAGAACAUCCACUACCCUCUGCUCAUCACCUUGACCAAAGGACCUCAGCCUGUCAGCCACACUCAGUAAACCAAAACAAGUGAGGACUCAGCUCAACACGAUUCCACUCGACAAUCCUUUUGGAUAAUUGAGACGGACUGAUGCCACAGAGUCAUGUUAACAGUAUGAUCCACAGGCGCGGAGGAGGAAUUGCGCUGAAAGAGCAGUGUUAGAAUACAGUAGGGUAGAGUUUGUGUCGGAGUUAAGUGAAACUGGCACAGAGAGCAAAUCAAGUUGUCAUAUAUGUCAUAUUUGAGACAUUUUUCAUAUUGAUACCAGCCACCGUCAGAUGCUGUACAGCUCUGGACAUUAUUUGAGUGUGCGUGUUUUGUAGUGUGAGGUGUUGGUGAUUCAUAACCUCAUUUUCAAAGCAAAGGGGACAGAGAAAGAAAAGCAGUGGUCAGAUAUGUUUUGAUCGAGUACAGUGUGUUUCGAGCGUCUGUCGUAUGCCAAGUAACUGCUGUCGGUCUCCGAAACAGUCACUGGGUCACUCAGCCCUUUAAUCAGCCAAUCUAAUAUUUAAUCACUAAUCAGCCGGUCACUCAUCCCUUAGGUUAGUCGGCCACCCCUUAACAUGAACCACCUUGCUGACCGGUCGGGUGACCAUUCACUCAUUCACUCAUCCAAUAUGAUUAUCCGGUCGACAUUAAAGCUGAACAAGCCAGUCAGUUGUUUGGUCGGUUAACUAGCUGUUCAGUUAGUCAUGUGGACUUUUUCCCUGUCAGUCCUGCUGUAGGUGUUAGUCAUUCAUUCAGUUGGUCCUCUUUAACCACUAAGUAUUAACCUAUGCACUGUGGUUCUGGCCCCGGCAUGGAGACCAGCUCUAAUUUAUUAACUAUCACAGACUGUGGCGCAGCUCAGUCUCCUGUGUGUUUCCUUUAUUUCUCUUUGUUCCCUUCUUCCCCUGCUUUAAUUUCUUCUGAUACAACUCAUUCAUUCCAGUCAGAGGUCAGCAUUAAUAACUUCUUUUGUGCGCUACUUACAGCAGUGCAUUAACACAUUAAAGUCCUUUCAGACUAAAGAGCAAUUUUUGCAGCCCAGGAGUUACAGCUAGCGUAUUCAACAUCGCCAUGGAUACAAGUAGUCCAUUGUGCAUCACUGCGCCGAUGUUCUGUUUGAACUGUACAACCUGUUCUGAUGCUACAGUUCCAACAAUGUAACUCCCAACUCUUGCUUUAUUGUUAGUUUUUAAAAAAGUGUCCACUAAUUAAAUUCCCAAACAGCCACGCAGAAUUCAGCCCCACUGUGGCCACCGUCAUGAUUCCUCCAGGUUGCGUUGACAUCGCUGGAUUUCGACAUAUUUGGCGACACAAUCGGAGCUGGGGAGUUCGUUUGAGUCACCAGUCUAAGCCUUCGUCACUUCAUCCACUAACAUGUAGGGCUUCAAAAUGAAUUAAAGCGAGUCAACUGCUUUGGCAGCAAUCAGAUCAUGGCAGCUUCUAAACGCUACUAAAAGCUUCUCGUCUGGACCCACCUUCGGGAAAUGUGUGUGUCUACAGAGAGGCACACACACACAGAGAAUACAUGUACAUGCGAAAUGAAUCCUGCUACUCCAAUAGGAACAGAUAAAAAGAAACAGGAUUUCUUUGCAGCAGUUUUUCCUUUUUCCUGUCUCUGGAGUACAACAUGUACCUUUGAAUGUAUGUACUGCCAACAUGUAUUUAAUGGUGUGUUCAUUUCUUGUUGAUGUAGUCAGUUGCAUAUAUGGCAGUUAUAUUUUUCUGUUUGUUUGUUACCUACCUGACUAAGUCCAUGAAGCAGGAGAGAAACGCGGCUGCUGCUGUUUCUUUCUGCGCACUAUUCAGAAAAUAGAAAAAUGGCAUGUUGUACUCAGUAAGUGAAAUCACUAAAGUGCAGCCUGUCUGUUACUGCAGUGACCAUAAAUGAGCUGCAAACAUAUUUUCAGUGCGCAUGUGAAACACACACACGUGCACAAAAAUAUCUGCAAAACAAGCAACAUCCACAUCCAGUGGACAUCCAGUGUUAGAACACAAUUUCAGAUUGACCAAAUAUGUGCAGCCAUAGUUUUUGAAAUUUACUCAAAAUCUCCUCAAAGCUUCAAGAGCAAAAACCUCCUCACACUGAGACUACACUCCUCUGAUUUCUGCUGGCAUUUUUUUCUAUCAUCACGAUUAACUGUUUCACUCAGGUCUUUUCCCGUGCACUCAGCUGUUUCUUGUGGUAUUAAAGAAACGGCAGGUGUCAGCGGGUCACUCAAGCCUAAAGUUGUACCUAUCACUAGUAAACUGUUUCCAUAUUUCACUGUGAUCCACUGCUGUAUGCAACAGCCGAGAAGGUAUGCAGUAUCUCUCAGCGGCUGCUGUUUGCAUUCGUCAUGCUGAAAAAAAUAAUCCACCUUCAGAAAUAAGAAAGUAUUCCCUGUGUGUAACUGCUCAGAAAAGAAAAUUAAGCCACUUUUUAUCAGCGGUCUCAUUGCUUUGAGGACUUAAAUUGCAAAAGUUCAAAAGUACAUUUAAUUACAUUUUUAUCUGUAAAACGGUUUGCUGUGUACCUUUGAUAUCUGUGUGCUAACACAGCAACACGAUCCCAUCUGUGACUGCGUUUGGUGACUUCAUCCCUGACUAGUGUGACAUCACCACCACAAACAGUGAUGUCAUCAUAUAACACAACUGUUUACUGUGUACAACAUCACUGCCUCUAUUUGUUUUUUUGGGGGGGAGGGGUGUUCACCUGGUGCACCCACAGUCACUGCAUCACUGCUGUGAUGUCACGGUUUCACACGUGAUGCCAUCACUUCUUGUUGUGUUAUUCGUGCUGUAUGCCAGAACACGUUUCACUGUGACAUUGAAAGACUGUCAAGGAACCACUCGAAGUCAGCAUUUUUCUGAGAUGUUUGUGUUGUCUUUGUUUGGAUUUUCUGAGUAAUAACAUUAAUGAUAAGAAAGCUGCUGUAGAGAGGAGAGUCUGUGUUGCACCUCAGAAUUACUUUGGGAAAACAUCACACACAAAUGCUGUAUUUUCACAGACUGAUGUCACUGUGUUGCGAGAUGUCUCAGCUGGGCUGUUAUUUUGCUUAUCAAAUAGAAUUCUUUGAAUUGUUCACUUACUAAUCCAGAUCAGUUUUUAAGUUGGAUCUACUU